AUGAUUCACAGAAAGCGUAUCUUACAACAAAGUGGAAUAUUUCUCAAACAAAACCCAGGUGAAGCACAUCUCACCAUUGAUGAGUUAAAAGAUAUGGCUAUGAGUAACAACUCUGCUGCAUUAAUAUCUAAAGUAUCUAGGUAUGUUGGCAAUAUAGCUGGUACAAAUGCUUACUGGAACAAAGUAAAAGAAGAAUUAAAAGCUAUUAUAACAAGUGUUGGAGCACCAACAUUGUUCUUUACUUUUUCAUCAGCAGAUAUGCAUUGGCCUGAAUUGCAUGCUUUGUUUGGAACAAAUACGGAAAUUAUUACCAGUGAGAAAAGGCGACAAAAUGUCAUUAACAAUCCACAUUUAGUCGACUGGUUUUUCACUCAGAGGCUAGAAAGCUUUGUCAAGUACUGGCUUUAUGACACCCUUGGUGCCAAGUGGCACUGGUUUAGAUAUGAAUACCAGGGUAGAGGUAGUAGACAUUGUCAUGGUACUGCUAAACUAAAUAAUGAUCCAGGUUUGUGUGAACUUACUCAGACUGCUCUGAAAGGAUUCCUUGCCCAGAAAUUUAAAGAUGAGAAUGACUGUUCUGAUACAACAGAACUAGACCUGGAUAUUCAAGCUGGUAAGAAAGCUGCUGACACAGCAUGUCAAUAUGUUGAUUGGCUAUUAUCAACUGUUAACCCAAAUCCUCCAGAUGAGGACAUGUGGAUAAGACCUGAACUGCAUCCAUGUCAGAAACGUCAUAUUGACAUUCCACACUUUGAUGUACAAUCUGAUUAUGUAGAUCUUUUAAACAUGGUUCAAAGACACACUCGUUGUAGUACAGGCUACUGUUUAAGAAAAAAAUCUAAUGAAACUGAGUUGAAAUGUAGAUUUCAUUUCCCAUUUGAACACUGUCCUCAGACAAAACUGCAAUUUGAAGAAGUUCACAGUAAAGGUGGUAAUGUACAAUAUAGAGCAAAGAUUGUUACUAGAAGAAAUGAUUCAAGAUUGAAUAAUCACCAACAAUUGCAGCUGCAAGGUUGGAGAGCUAACUGUGAUAUUCAAGUAGUUAUUGAUCACUAUGCUUGUGUAGAAUAUCUUGCUAAAUAUGCUGCUAAAGGUGAACCAAGGUCUCCUCUGUUAAAACUAGCAUUUAACUCUAUUGUCAAGAAUGUUGACAAUAAUAGUGAUCCUCAUAAAGUUAUAAAGAAAGUAGUAAUGAAAACACUUGGUGAAAGGGACUAUGCAGCUCAAGAAACAAUGCACCAUUUGUUAUCUUUGAAACUGCAUAGUUCAUCAUUCAAAGUGAUACCAGUGAGUCUCAAUGGUUCACGUAGGGUCCGUGACAAUGUAUUGAUAGAAGAUGGUGAUUCUUGCACUGAUGACUCACUUCUUGAUGUAUAUGCUAACCGUCAACAAUACGACAGUUCACGUGACAUUGCAAACAUGAACUUUGUACAAUUUGCUACAACAUACAAAGUUGUUAACAAUGAGUUAGUAAAAUUACCAGACAAUGUUAUCCCAAGAAUAUUUCCUACUUACUCCAGCAACCCUAAAGGUCCAAACUUUGGACUGUAUUGCAAAUAUCAGCUUCUAAGGUACAAACCCUGGAGCACGACCCAAACCAAUGCAUGGGGUGACCAAGAACCAACUGAUGAGAUUCUAACUAAUCAUUUACAUGAAUUUUUGCAAACACCUUAUGCACAAACUCAUGUACCGGACUGGCUUGAUAAAUGGCAAACUGUUAUUCAAAGUCGACAAGAACUAGAAGACGAGCCUUGUGAAGAGCAAGGCAAUAUCAUAGAGGAAUGGAUGAUUUUAUCUGAUCUUCACACACCAUUUGAGAACUCUGUACAUGUACAAACACCAGAAUCAAUGUAUGAUUGGCACCAAGACAGAGCUCAGUAUUCUGAGCAACAAAUUCAGGAAAUGCCAACAUGGAUAAAAAUGAAAAAGGAUAACCAUAUUAUUGAUCAACAGUAUGAAGUGGUAGAUACAAACAGUUUCAGUGAAAUGCAAGCACUUGCUUACAAUAUUGUUAAUACACAUUUUGUUAACAUCUCACCUGAUAAAGAGCCAUUAUUCCUUAUUGUUAUUGGCGUAGCCGGGACUGGUAAGAGUUAUCUUAUCAAUGCGAUUUGCAACCUUCUGCAAUGUAAAUGUGUAGUUACUGCCACAACUGGUAAGGCUGCAUUCAAUAUAAAAGGUAUUACUAUUCACUCAUUGCUGAAACUACCUAUUGGAUCACGAGGCAAAAAAGAUUUAACAGGCCAGUCUCUUUGUCGACUUCAGGAAAGUCUAAAUGAGGUUGAAUAUAUUAUUAUUGAUGAAUAUUCUAUGCUUGGUCAAGUAACGUUUGGCUGGGUGGAUAAACGUUCCAAACAGGCAACAGGAUGUUAUGAUAAAGUACUUGGAGGAAAAUCUGUAAUCCUAUUUGGUGACCCUGGACAAUUACCACCUGUAGCAGACAAGCCACUUUAUCAUGCUAAGCCAUCAAAUUCUAUUGGUGAGCAAGGUUAUCAAACUUAUAGAAUGUUUGACAAAGUUGUCAAACUUACUGUCAAUCAGCGAGUACAAGGUAUGAGUUCAGAACAAGUUAAAUUCAGGGAUUUAUUGUUGCGACUCCGCAAGGGUGAGUCUACAAUUGAUGAUUGGAAAUUACUUUUAACUCGUCAACCCUCAGCCAUUUCUGAUUUAUCUGAAUUUAAAGAUUCUACCAGACUUUUUUACAGUAAUGACCAAGUUGCAAAUUACAAUCAUGAACAGCUGAUCAAACUUGAGCAUCCAGUAGCCCAUAUCAAUGCCCACCAUUCUUCUGAGGCUGCUAAAAAGAUACCUUCAGAAGAUAUGUCUGGAUUAGAACCUGCACUGUUUCUUGCUAAGGGUUCCAAAGUUAUGCUAACCAUGAACUUGUGGCCAAGUGUCGGCCUUUGCAAUGGAGCUACUGGAACAAUAAUUGAUAUUAUAUUUCAAAUCAAUCAUCAGCCACCAGACUUACCUGUUGCUGUAAUUGUUCAGUUUGAGAACUACAGAGGCCCUUCUUUUGAUGUCACUCAACCAUCAUGUGUCCCAAUAUGCCCAAUCACUGUCUCCAAACAGUGUGAAAAUGGUUUCCAUGAGAGGCAACAGUUACCUCUUAGACUUGCUUGGGCUCUAACGAUACACAAAAGCCAGGGACUUACUCUAUCAAAAGCUUGGAUUGAUAUUGGUAAAACUGAGAGAACUGCUGGAGUCUCGUAUGUUGCCAUCAGUAGAGUUAAAACAUUAACAUCCUGUGUCAUUGAACCUAUGACUUAUGAAAGAUUAACAAGCUUGAAAUCCUCAGCAAAUUUGCAGUUCAGGCUUGAAGAAGAAAACAGGCUUGCACAUUUGGCAUAUAGUACAUUAAAUGCAUUUAAUACCUUAUUAAACUAA